AGAUUCCACUUGUUGGAGUGGAUUUCAAGGCAGAGUAACCACACACAGUUCCAGUUUCUUUACACUGUUAUACAUUUUUAUCUUUAUUUACAGAGAUGCCACCUGCUGGAGUGGAUUUUAAGGCGGAGUAACCACACACAGUUCCAGUUUCUAUACACAGUAAUGCAGCCUCAUCUUCACCGUGACUUUAUGUACACAGCUCAGAGCAUGUACCCUUCAAUGGAGUUCAAACCCUUCAGUACACACACCAGUCGGGAACUUGAGCAAAAGCUGAUACUGCACCGACAGAACAACUUUUACCGAGUCAAGUCCGGUUAUUUUCGGUCCGAUGACGAUGUCAAAAAUCAGGCAAAGGAGAAAGCUUCUGUUAAAUUCCCAGAAAUCCCUGUUGAGAAGGACACAAAAUUACAGAGAGUGUACACAGAAUAUAGUAAACAGAAAAAUGGAAUAGUACGUUUUGGUUCAUUAAGGGACCCUAAGUCUCGAGAGUCCCUCCCAGUUAUAAAGCAGCCUAGGGUAACAGAGAGGCCGGCCAAACACAAAGUUAACAAACACCCCUUACUGGCCCACAACCCAGAGAAACUUCACUCUAGUCAAGCAGUUCUCAGGUUUCUGGAAAUGCCAAUCAAACGUCACAUUCAGAAUGAGAGCAAUCCCAACAGUCUUAGUAACUCUCUACAGAGCCUCACUUCCAUCGACCAAUCAGCUCUGCGCCCAGUCAAGCAUGUUGUUUCCCUCAGUAUUCUACCUGCAAAAUGUGCCAAACAUAUACAUGCCGAGGAUGAGAGGCCAUCUGAAUUGGAUGAAAAUGCCAGAACUAUAAUCAACUGGUAUAUGAAUGACUGGACAGACGUGAAGAGAAAUGAAUUUCUACAUAAGGUCAUCCUGAAGUUGGACCCGCGGCAACAGUAUUUUAUAUCCAGUUUUUUAUCAGUGCGACAACAUCGGGAUUUCCUUUCCCUCUUACCUGAAAAAGUGUCCCUAAAGAUUCUCAAAUACCUCACUCCAUUCCAAAUACUCACAUGCUCAAGUGUCAGUAAGAACUGGUAUACUCUUGCCAAUAACAAUGAAGUUUGGAAAGAUAAAUGUGAACACAUAGAAAUUAAGGUGCCUGUUCCCUCCAAUCCUAACUGGAAAACUGUAUAUAGGGAUAAUGUCUACCUGGCCAAAAACUGGGAGAGUGGGGCCUGUCGUGUCCUUGACCUUAAAGGUCACAGUGACCAGGUGGAGGAGAUCAUAUUUGAUGGUAGGACCCUGGCCAGUGGGGGUCAGGAUAAACUGAUCAAGCUGUGGGACAUGAAGACGGGGAAACUCCUCCAGACCCUGAGGGGCCAUGACAGGGGGGUGUGGUGCCUGGACUUCUUCACCGAGGCCCUACUGGUCAGUGGCUCUUAUGAUGGCACCAUCAAGGUUUGGAACAUGAAGACAGGGGCGUGUUGUAGGACGUUAAUUGCACACGAGGGUCCAGUGUGGGCCAUGGUACGACAUGAGAACAUCCUGGUCUCUGCCUCUCAAGACAGAACGGCCAAAGUGUGGGACAUUUCUCGUUGUCACCUCCUGACUGAACUGAUCGGACACAAUGCGGCCAUCUUUGCUGUGGACAUGUCGGAGGAUGGGUCUCUAGUCAUCACAGGGUCUGCUGACAGGACGGUUCGUAUCUGGGACCGAGAGACGGGGGUGAAGAAGCAGACAAUCUGGGCCAGCCCCUCUACCUCCAUCAUGGCCGUCAGCUACAGUAAGGGGCUGAUUGCCUGUAGUUAUGGGGAGACUAUCUGUCUAUAUAACACAGAUAGAUGUAAGCUCAUCAGGACUUUUGAAGGCCACAUGAAGAGGAUAGAAACAGUGAGAUUAAAGGUCACAGAUAAGGAGAAAUUGACAGGAACUAUAGUCAGUGCUGGAAAAGAUGGUCUAGUCAAAUACUGGGAUCUCCAAAGGAAAGAAAGCAUCCAAACUAAAGGUCAAAGGGGAAAUGUGAAAUGCAUCUACUUUGAUGACCUUAGAAUAGCAAGUGGGAAUGGAAACAGAAUAAGAAUUUUUUAUUUUAAUAUUUAUGACAAGUCAUUGAUUCCUAGAGAGGAAGUGCCUUCAACUCGGGAAGGAGGAAGGAAACCUAGUGUGGCUGCUGGAACAAUUGUCAAGGACUUAAAUGCUGAAUGCUCAGGGGUCAAGGACGGAUUAUGUUCAGGAAAAGUAUCUCCUCAUCCAGGAGAAGUUUACUCCAGAGCUUCACGUCAGAGUAAGAAAAGUGAAAAAGAGGGUUCUACUAAAGCCAGGGAAACACCUCAACAGACAGAGGCAUAGAGAGAAAAAAUCAGUUUUAUGUCAAAGACCAAAACCAUAAUAAACAACUAAUUAUAUGGUUUCUUUUUUUCAAAAUGCCACUUUAGUGUCAACAAUGUGCAUAAUUUGUGUUCAUCUUUAAAAACUUUACAUACAUGUGGAGGUUUGUGGAAUUUCAAUUGUUGACACUGCCAUGGGAACCUUAUGUGCACCAAUAAAAUAAUCAUAGUGCUGUGUUCAUAUUUAUACUAUUGACAUUGUCUUUAUACACAAGAAAACUGGCUGUGAUAUUUUUGUUUUUAUUCCAUGGAUAAUUUUCCAUUGCUAUUUGAAUGUUCUAUUUACAAUAUUAUUGUUGAUAAGUUUGUUGUUGGUAUAUCUGAAUUAUCUUCCAACUGAUAUUUUAGGUCUCUUGAGCAUUAAAUAAACUAUCUGUAAUUUUACAUUUCACUUUAAUUUUGAGUGACUGUCAUUUUUCAAAUUGUACAUUUCUUAAUUUUUUGGGCUAGUCUUAUCAGAAAUCAGGGAGAUUCAAGUGAUUAAAUCUAGUGAUUUUCUUUUGUAUCUUGGGUAUUUAUAUAGAUAAAAUUAUUAAAAAUAUUUUCAUCAAAUACAUAAUUUCUUGUUAUCUAUUCAAAACCAAUAUGGGAGACAAUCCAUUGU